AUGGGCCACCCCGACGCCCCCCCGGGCCUCGAGUCCGGCCUCGUCCUCCCCUCCGGCCGGACCUCGUCCGACGACAGCCAACAGCAGGUCCCCGACAAGGCCGAGAUCGAGCGCCUCGGCCGCUCCCGGCCAGCUGUCCUCCCGUCUCUCGUCACGGAAAUCUUCUUCGUCGUCACCAUUGUCCUGUCCAUGACCAUGAGCGAGUACUUCAUCGGCGGCUUCAACAUUGUCCUGCCGCCCAUCGCCGACGCCCUCGCCAUGCCCGAGGACGUGCGCACCUGGCCCGCCGGCGUCAUCAACCUCACGACGGCCGCCCUGCUCAUGCCCUUCUCCCGGCUGUGCGACAUGUACGGCGCGCGCUCCGUCUUCCUCUUCGGCCACGCCUGGUACAUGGUCUGGUCCCUCGUCUGCGGCUUCAGCACAAACACCGUCAUGCUCAUCAUCUGCCGCGCCCUGCAAGGAAUCGGCACCUCGGCCUUUACGCCCGCCGGCCUCGCCCUCCUGGGCCAGACGUACCGGCCGGGCCCCCGCAAGAACCUCGUCUUCGCCAUCUGGGGCGCCUUUGCCUGCCUGGGCUUCUACUUUGGCAUCUUCAUGGGCGCCGUGUGCGCCGACUUCCUCACCUGGCGCUGGUACUUCUUCAUCGGCACCAUCAUCGUGCUUUGUAUCGCCGUCACCGGGUUCCUCACGAUCCCCCGCAACCUGCACCAGCAGGACGGCAGCAUCCGGAUGGACUGGUGGGGGACGUGCACCAUCGUGCCGGGCCUGGUCCUCGUCGUGUACGCCUUUACCGAUGGAGGACAUGCGCCCAGGGGGUGGCAGACGCCGUACAUUUACGUCACCUUUCUCGUUGGCGUCUUGUUUCUGGUUGCGGGCGUCUACACGCAGGGCUGGGUGUCUACUCAGCCGCUGCUGCCGGCCGAUCUGUUCCGGCCAAAGUACAUGAAGCGGCUGUCUCUGGCCUUGUUUUGCCUGUACGGCGUGUUUGGCCUGUAUCUGUUUUACUCGAGCUACUACAUCGAAACGGUGCUCAACACGACGCCCAUCCUCACGGCAGCCUGGUUCACGCCCCUGGCCAUUGGCGGCGUGUGCCUCGCCGUCGGCGGCGGCUUCGUGAUGCACAUGGUCUCGAACCGCAUCCUCAUGCUCAUCUCCAGCGUCGGCUUCCUGCUCUCCGUGCUGCUCUUUGCCAUCAUCCCCGACCGCCGCACCAACGACGACGGCUCCUCAUCGCCGUCCACCAGCUUCCUCUACUGGGCGUACAUCUUCCCCGCCAUGCUGUGCGGCACCAUCGGCGUCGACAUCACGUACAACGUCACAAACGUCUUCAUCACCACCUCCAUGCCGCGCAGGCUGCAGGCCACCGCCGGCGGGCUCAUCAACACGCUGCUGUACCUCGGCCUCGCGUUCUGGCUGGGCAUCGCCGAGAUGGCCGUUUCCGAGGCCAAUCGGCGGGCGCUGCCGGAGGGCGGCCUGAGUCUGAGGGAGCAGUACAAGAUUGGCUUCUGGAUUGGCGUUGCCCUGGCGGGGGUGUCGAUGGUGAUGGUGGUGACGAUCAAGAUUGAUCGGGCGGCGGCCGAGUUGACGGCUGACGAGAAGGCGGCGAGGGCAGAGCGGGAGGGGGUUGUGCGGUAG